ACCAACUGCAACCCAACGCCUAUUUUCUCUUUCUCCCUCUCUCUCUCUCUCCCUCUCUCUCUCUGCUCUCUCUCUCAACGAUGUUUCGCAGCCUCCUUCAUCCUCCGCCACCCGUCUGAAAACGCUCAUCGGCAAACGCUCUGAUUCCGAUCCGAUCACUCGUUUACCGUCCCGCUUGCUCGGAGAAAAAGAAAAUGUAUAAGAACCAGCUGCAAGAGCUGGCGCAGAGGAGCUGCUUCAACUUGCCCUCCUACAUCUGCAUACGGGAAGGUCCAGACCACGCGCCGCGCUUCAAGGCCGUCGUUAACUUCAACGGCGAGGCCUUCGAGAGCCCCAACUACUGCUCCACUCUUCGCCAAGCCGAGCACGCCGCCGCCGAGGUCGCCCUCGACUCCCUCUCCCACCGCGGCUCCCACUCCCUCGCCGCCCGGAUCAUCGACGAAACAGGAGUGUAUAAAAACCUUUUACAAGAGAUUGCACAGAGAGUUGGAUCUCCUUUGCCUCAGUAUACGACAUUUAGGUCUGGCCUCGGGCACCAACCUGUCUUCACAGGAACAGUGGAACUUGCUGGAAUCACGUUUACUGGGGAACCAGCCAAGAACAAAAAGCAAGCCGAGAAAAAUGCUGCAUUGGCUGCUUGGUCGUCUUUGAAACAAUUGGCAAAGCAAGAUGCCAGUUUAUCGUCUGAGCCAGAGAACACUGACGAGCAGGAGCAGAUCAGGAUAGCAAGGGCAUUAUUGAACUACUGUUUGAAGGAAAAGAUAGACAAGGCUAAAUCCAGCAAUGGUUCAAUUCCAUUCCAGAAGUUUACCAUCCCCACCCCUCGACCUUUAAGCCCACAGCGUCCACUAGCAUCCACGUCUAAAAUCCUUCCUUUAAUUUGCCCGAAAACCAGUCCUAGGUACAGAACAUCAACAACAACAGCCCAUGAUAGGGCCGCUCCACAGCCUCUGCCACAAUCCCCAGCUCCUGCAUCAGAGGGCCGCUCCAUUUGCUCCCAGAAAUAUCCUACAGCAGGUGCAGCUCCUUAUGUUCCCGUUAGGCCAUAUAGGAUGCCUUACUGUGGUAUUGCUCCACCUGUUACAAUAAGAACUGCUGUUCCAGUUUUCUCAGCACCUACACUUCCUCCACGCUCUGUGCACUCACCUCAAGUGAUGCGCACUGCACAGCCUGUUCGAGUUGCCCCACCCGUCUCUGUCAGGCAGGCAAUCCCUGUGUUUGCUGCCCCACCUGCCCCAAAGGAAGCUGUUUCAAGUACUCCAAAAGCUUCACUCUCUGUAGCUCCCGAAUCUGCAAACAAGUCCCAAUGCACCGAGGUUGAUGAAUCAACAGCAGUGAAGUGCUUGGAGCAACUCCAAUUAUAAUGGUUGCCGUAGUCUACCCAUGUUAAAAUUUUUGUGUUUUAGUCUUCUGGUCCUAUGUUAUAAUAUCUCAGUCCCCCUUUCCCCCCUCUGUCAAUUCUGUGUCUUCCUGUAAACUUACAUAUAAUGCAGGUUACUUUAGUAUAACUUAGUAUUGGAUGACAUGAUAUCAAACUUUUGC